ACUUGUAAAUUGACACAAUGAUUCCCACCCAGUAACUUUCAGGCCUGAUUUCUACUAUGACUCUUCACCUGCGAUUCGCAUGAUCUACAUGCCCGCGCAUUGAUCUUCUUACUAGUGAGAAUUUCAAGAGCUGCGCUUUCAAACGACUGCGCAUUGAGCAAUCUGGUUCAAACUCUCCGCCGUGAUGGAACGACACCGAUACGAUUAUGAUCCUGACCGCCCUUUACCCAGCAAAUUCUCAUCUGUUCCCCAUCCUCCUCGCCCUCCACCAGGAAAUAUAGCCCCAUGGGCAAUGCGAGGACGUCCAAUGGGUCCCUCAGUCCCUCGGGGUCCACCCGAUCGGUACUUACAACGAGAUGGUGGAUACAGGCAUCCGUCUGAGAAUCGUCCACAUAUAUCUCCAAACUACCGUGGUAGGGGGCGUGGUCGAACCAUGACGAAGGCCUCUGGAUGGGGUGGACCUCCAGCCAGGAUGAACACAAAAGCGGCAGGAACGUCUUUUCCUCCUCGCAUGACGGGUGGCGUGUUCCAACCAAUUGAUAACUCAUCACACCCAUCCAACGAUACCAGCACAUUUAAAGCCAGUGGUCGACCCAGCCUUCCAACUAAAGUACCUUCCAAAUUCUCAUCGCGCUCUGAGGACGACGCUAGGCGCAGAAAACGCGACAUUAAUGACGUUGGCGUGCGCUCUGCUCCACGCAUGAUUGCUUCCACUUCCCUCACUAAUCGACCGCAGCAACUAUCUUCUACUGGUGCACGAGGUUUUCAGCCUCGAAAAGCAGCCAGGAAGUAUGGUUUCUAUCUCGACAACGGGGUGCUACGUCCGACCAAGAGCGCUAAUGAUGAUUCUGAGGAAGACCAUCCAGUUGAUAAACCCGCCUCACCACCUAGGCCCAGGAAAACCAUGCCACACAUGCAAGCAGUGGCACCGGUGAAAGCAGCUCGGAAGCAUGAUCAAGUAGCAUCUAAGUCCAGUAUCUCAGGAGGACACAAUGCCCAAAAGACUAUUUCUAAUCCUGCUAGUGCCGCCAGUGCCGAUAUCAUUGAACUGUCUGAUUCCGAUGAAGCCAAAAAUAACACGGGCGACGACAUAGCCCAUCUUCUCUCAGCCUUAAGUAACCUCAACAUCGGGGCAAGGCGGUUAAGAGAACAUUCAAGGUUACCUUUCUUAAGGCGUAAUCUUCGCCACGGUUUCCUGGCUAAAUGUAGGAUGGCUGGUGUACAGGUAGCACCGAAGAACCCCCCAGCUCAUGCCGUGGACAUUACGUAUCGAUACCUUCACGAUGACGAUGAGUCGGGAAGCGAUGGCGGGUCGUCCAGCUCUUCAGUCGACGUUUACGAGGAAAGGCGAACGAGUAUGCUGACAUGGCUGUGCCCGUUGUGCGACAUGCAUGGAGAAUUCCCAAGACGCGAAGUCCUGAAGUUCCAUCUUGACCACGAUCAUGCUGGUGUGAAUGUCGAUUGGAUAAACUCAAGCAGAAAUCAGGCGGAGGCGUGGCGAAUGAUCAUCACUAUUCCUCCUGCUGAGUCCAUUGCUGAAAUAGAGGUAGAAUUCGAAGAGGACGAUGAUGAGUCGGAGAAAUCUGACUCGCCGUCACCGGAGAGUCCUGCGGCAGCGGACGAUGAUUCUGAUUUUAUUGUAGAGAUAAGCCCUCCAGGAACCUUGGCUAUUGAAUCAAUGGACAACCCGGUCUCUCCAAUAGUACUAGAUGAUGACGACGAUGAUGUUCAGGAAGCUCUUCCACCUGUCAUCGAGAUAAAACACAAGUUCCGGGCACCCUCACCACCGUUGUUAUCCACCCUACAGAAUCAGAGAGAGGACCGUGACUCUGGCAGGCCGCCGUCAUACAGAGGAUCACUACCCGAUCGAUACCCAUCACCGCCGCCUCCAUCGAAUCUCCAUGGACCAGCAGCUCAAUAUCCGUACCUGUACGCAGUUGAGAAAGAGGGGGAAACUGUGUAUUCGUGCCGGCCGGGUGGUCCUAGGUUAUUCGACCUACUAAACACACUUCCUCUGAAACGCUUCGGAGUACUCUCGUGGAUGAUAGUCGACAGGGAGGAAGAGCUUUAUGAACUGGAAGACGUAAACGAUGAGGACAAAUGCAUGCUCGCUCUAUGGAACAGGUGGAUCAUGUUGAACCGAGUCAAGUUCGUGUUUGAAGGAUACGCUGAUGGGGUCACGGAAUUUAUAGAUGAAUACUGGCGAAUGAUACACCUUGCUGCCGGAUGGGGAGCUUUGAGGGCCUUUUUACUUAUGCUCAUGACUGAGCGGUAUCUCACUGUUUCUGAGGUUGCCCGUCUGUUGAAGUACUACGAGGAAAAGACGGGGAUGAAAGACUGGUACAAGAAUACAGAAGAUGCUUUAGAGUGAAUCAAUGAAUCAGCUGGUACCACUUUAUUGGUUUCCAAUAUCAUUUUGACACACUGUAUGAUUUUUCUCUAUCUUCAUAACUGCAUCUGAGAACAACUGGUUACAUAUUGCAUAUAACCUCCUUACGUUUCAGGGAAACGCAGCUGGAGAUAGAGGAAAAGACAGUGUAUGAAGGUGAGACUAAACAAUGUAGAAGGUUGUAGCUCCCAGACUCGUUAUAAGUGCUAGCUGCUCCCUACAUAGAAACGCCUUACACUGCCUUGUGCAUGGCUCCAGGGGUAGUACGGUUCUAUCCACACUUUUCAACUCCCAGUGUACUCGAGUAUGCAAAAUUUAGUUUUCCUUCUAUAGUGACGCCAACUUAUGGAUGCGG